GCGCCCAAUCGCCUGAAUCUGGGAGGAGUAGUCAAAUGAAUAUAUAAGCUGGGGACCAAGGCUGUUUGCGUCUAUUACUCUUUGUUCAAUAAGACAUUCAGAAACCCCAAAAGCCAGCAACAUGGUUCAGUGGACAGACUUCGAGCGCACUACCAUCCAGGACAUCUUUUCCAAGAUCGAUUACGAGUCUGUCGGUCACCAGGCACUGACAAGGUGUCUGGUCGUGUACCCAUGGACCCAGAGGUAUUUCAGUAAAUUCGGAAACUUGUAUAACGCCGCUGCCAUCUUGGGAAAUCCCAAAGUUGCUGCCCACGGCUUGACGGUAAUGCGUGGUCUGGAGAAAGCUGUGAAGAACAUGGACAACAUUAAGAGCACUUACGCCGACUUGAGUGUGCUGCACUCUGAACAACUGCACGUGGAUCCCCAAAACUUCAGGCUGUUGGCUGACUGCAUUACCAUUGUAGUUGCCUCUGUCCUGGGUGCUAACUUCACAGCUGAAGUGCAGGCAGCUCUGCAGAAGUUCCUGGCGGUCAUAGUCUCCGCACUCGGGAAACAGUACUAUUAGAUGCUGAAUGUGCUUUUGACGGAGAGGACCAACAAAACAUUUGCGUUUUUAAAAACGACCCUGUACUUGUAAAAGAAAAUAAACGUCUAAAUAAAACAACCAAUAUUAAUUUGAGAGUUGUGUGGCCGAUUCGUUGUACGUUUAGGAAUUUUUCUACCCAAAAAUAACUAUCUAAAAUAAGACAGGCAUUUAUUUCC